AUGAAUUUCAACAGCCCGAAUAGAGGCGCGAACGCUGACCAACCUUCUUAUCCAACAUCGAAGACAUCUUCAACAGAAACAAAUAAUUCUAAGAUGAGAGCAGUAGUAUUGUCCGUUGCCUCAAUGACAGUUGGAGUUGGGACAUUAAUUGUGAUGCUUACUCUAAUUGCUGUGAUACCAUUAAGUCAAUUGAUUGUCGGCGGGUAUCAUAAGAACCAAUGUCCUAUGAAUCCCAUGAUUGAUAAAUACCUGAUUGUUGCGGGUGCCGCUGGAAUUACAACUAUGGUACUUGGAAUUCUAGCGAAAACUACUGGAAAUGCAGGAGUAUAUUAUGUUUCUGUAUUGCUUUUAUUGGGUUUAUUUAAUUUCGCCUGGUUCAUUGCUGGCAACGUGUGGGUGUUUAAAGCAAAAUCUAAAGUUCAAUUCGAUCAUCCUGAGGACCCUAGUACUUAUUGCUUUCACGCUGUCUUUAAUUGUGCAUAUGGAAACAUUAUCGUUACCUAUUGUAUCGUGGGUUUUCGAUGCUGUUUUAGUUGUUUUCGUGCAACUGCGCGUGCAUUCAAUAUAUAA